AUGGCCUCGGCCGUGUUUGAGGGCACCUCUCUGGUGAACAUGUACGUGAGGGGCUGCUGGGUGAACGGCAUCCGGAGACUCAUCAUCAAUCGGCGCGGGGACGAGGAGGAGUUCUUCGAGAUCCGCACCGAGUGGUCGGACAGGAACGUUCUCUACUUGCACCGGAGCUACUCGGACCUGGGCCGCCUCUUCAAGAGGCUGCUGGACUCCUUCCCGGAGGAUCGCCCCGAGCUGUCACAGUCCCCCCUGCUCCAAGGAUUAAUCACAAUAAAAGAGGCCCGUGAUAUAGAAGCCAGGCUUAAUGAAGUGGAGAAGCUUCUGAAGAUUAUUAUAAAUAUGCCUUGGAAAUAUUCUAGAUCUGAAGUUGUCCUUACCUUCUUUGAAAGAUCUCCGUUAGAUCAAGUGUUAAAAAAUGACAAUGUCCAUAAAAUUCAACCAAGCUUUCAGAGUCCGGUUAAAAUAUCAGAAAUCAUGCGAUCUAAUGGAUUUUGUUUAGCAAACACUGAAACAAUAGUUAUUGACCACAGUAUACCAAACGGAAAAGACAAGCACCUGGAUGUAGAUUCAGCAGAGCACUUGUUUGAAACCGUUAGUGAGUUUACUUCAGAGCUAGAAGACACUGAUGAUCCAGCAGCCUAUGUCACCAACUUGACAUAUUACCACCUGGUCCCAUUUGAGACGGAUAUUUUGGACUGA